UAUCAGCUGGGUUCGGUGAGGUAAAGGUGUAAAGGAUGAGUAAUCAAAGAAAGAGGUUAAGCGGAGAAAGAGAAGACGAAGACGACGAGGAUGCGGAAGGUAUCGGCGAGUGGGAGAGAGCGUAUGUUGACGACAGAUCCUGGGAGGAGUUGCAAGAAGAUGAGUCUGGGCUUUUACGCCCAAUUGAUAACAGUGCCAUCUACCAUGCUCAGUAUCGUCGCCGUCUCCGCAUGCUCUCCGCCGCUGCUGCUGGUACUCGUAUCCAAAAGGGACUUAUUCGCUAUCUCUACAUCGUCAUUGAUUUCUCUCGGGCAGCUGCUGAAACGGAUUUCAGACCAAGCCGGAUUGCCGUAAUGGCAAAACAUGUUGAGGCUUUUAUUAGAGAGUUCUUUGAUCAGAAUCCUCUGAGUCAAGUUGGUUUAGUGAGUAUUAAAAAUGGAGUUGCGCAUACUCUUACAGAUCUUGGUGGUAGUCCUGAGACUCACAUUAAAGAGCUGAUGGGGAAGUUGGAAGCCUUGGGUGACUCCUCUUUGCAGAACGCCCUGGAACUUGUAAAUGAGCACCUCAGCCAGGUUCCAUCUUAUGGUCAUCGCGAGGUUCUCAUAUUGUACUCUGCUUUAUGCACUUGUGAUCCAGGCGAUAUCAUGGAUACCAUUCAAAAAUGCAAGAAAUCCAAAUUAAGAUGUUCUGUAAUUGGGCUUUCUGCAGAAAUGUUCAUAUGUAAACAUCUCUGCCAGGAAACUGGUGGAUUGUAUUCUGUUGCAGUAGAUGAGGUGCACCUAAAGGAUCUUCUACUCGAACAUGCGCCUCCACCUCCGGCGAUAGCAGAAUUUGCAAUUUCAAAUCUGAUCAAGAUGGGUUUCCCACAAAGAGCUGCUGAGGGUUCAAUGGCAAUAUGUUCUUGUCAUAAGGAAGUAAAGAUUGGAGCUGGUUACAUGUGCCCGAGAUGCAAAGCUAGGGUAUGUGACCUCCCGACAGAAUGCACUAUCUGCGGUCUAACACUUGUCUCAUCACCACAUUUAGCGAGAUCAUACCAUCACCUUUUCCCAAUCGCCCCAUUUGAUGAGGUUCCUGCUCUUUCAAGUCUGAAUGAUUCUCGGAAAGAUUUGGGAAAGAGUUGUUUUGGCUGCCAACAGAGCCUAAAUGGCGCAGGGAAUAAGCCUGGCCCAUGCGUAACAUGUCGUAAAUGUAAGCACUAUUUCUGUCUGGACUGUGACAUAUACAUACACGAGAGCUUACACAAUUGUCCUGGCUGUGAGAGUAUUCACCGUCCCAAGUCAGUUUCCUUGAUGGAAGAAUGAGAGAAUGUGGUGUUUACACUUCCAAUUUAGAAUAACAGUUGCGAGGAAGCAAAUUCAAUUGUGAUAUGGUAUGUAAUUGUUGUUGGGAUCCUCCUUUAGUGGACUCAGUAUUACUCUCUCA